AUGCCUGUCAAGAACCCAAGUUUGGGCUGGGAAAAACUUCAGGAUGUGUUUUAUAGAGACAGAGAUCUGUGCCCGCUGAAAUUUCCAGUAGAAUCUGAUACUAAAGCUGUGUUUUCUACAGCUUUAGUAGCUGUCACAACGGGUGAUAGCAUUGGAGUUUACCUCUAUACGGGCCAAUACAUUGCCAAGAUCGACUUCAAGUCACUUCCCAGUGAAAUUGUGCAAUAUGAGUUUGAUUUUGAAGACGAGGGCUCUUUAGUGAUCGCUAUGACAGAUCGGAUAAGGGUAUACCAUAACUGGAUUCCUCUACAAUUCCAAGACUUCUUUUUGCCCGAUGAUGUUGAGGAUACGAUAUGGGAUUAUAAGAGCCGAUGUGCAGUUUUGCUGUCGACUCAGGAUCUGUACCACUUUGAUGGCAUCCAAUUGGUCAGAGUAUGCGAGAACAAAGAGCAUUAUACGCUAUUGACCAAAAACCACUGGCAUUCAAACAAAGAACUGGUAGUGCUGCUUGACGUGGACGAUAUCUACCAUUUCAACUUGAGCUCAAGAGAGCUUGUAAAGGAAGCAAGCAAUGAGUCGUGGCAUUCCGUGGUAAUAUCUCCACAGAAUUUUGUGUGCCUUUAUAAUGCCAAGUCUUACGAAAUCAAAAUAUACAAGCACAACACAGUCCGACUGAUGGAAUUCAAAUUGGACUCUCAUCCAAACCUUAUCGCAUGGUGUGGCGAUGACACUAUAGCUUGCUGUUUCACAGAAGAGGAGGUAAAGUUAUAUGGGCCAGACUCUUCAAGCAUUGCCUUUUGGUACCCAGAAGAAGUCUUCACGAUUCAAACCGAUACAGAAGGCUUGAGAGUAAUCACUAAGGAACGGGUGAGGUUUAUUUCAAAAGUAACACAUCAAACUGCAAAUGUUUUUCUUAUGGGCUCGACAGAGCCGGGUUCAAUCCUUCUAGACUCUGUCAGUCUUCUAUCUACGCAAGCACCACGGGCAGUGGAGAAUUUAAAAAUAAUAAACUUGGAUCAAGGUGUUGCAGAAUGUCUGGAUGCCGCCAGAGAUGAGCUCGAGCCUUAUUGGCAAAAGAAACUUCUAUCAGCAGCUGUUUUCGGUAAAAGCUCUUUAACACAAGAAGCUCAAAAGUCAGAUCAAUUUGUGGACACAUGCGAUAAACUGAGGGUACUCAACAUGCUUACGGAAAGCGGCAUCAUACUCACGUUAAAUCGGCUUGAGUCACUUGGCAUCGAUACUUUGUUGAAGUUACUUAUAAAGACUGGAGAUUUCUAUGGGUGCGUUUCUGUUUGCCACUUUCUCAAGCUCAGGAACAAACUCUCAAAGGUCUUCGUCUCCUGGGGCAAAGCCAAAAUUCUCUCAUCCUCUGACUUGGAGGACAGAGUCAUUUUCGAUUCUAUCUUAAAAUUAGCUGAAAGUCUACCCGUCAAGCUACCGAUGGCAGAGGUUGGAUUGACAGCUUUCAGAGAAGGACGACCCUCACUAGCCAAAGACCUAGUGCUCAGAGAAGCUUUGCCUGAAAUCGAAUUUUCUGCAUUAUUCGAUCUCGACGAGCACGAACUUGCCUUAAAGAAAGCGAAAGAUUACGGCAAUCCGGAAAUGACACUAUCUGUACUGCUCAAACUGCGUGAGCAGCUAACAACAGCCCAAUUCAUGAAACUCAUAUUAUUAAUUAUGCGCAGUGAUCAACUUUUUGCCUACUACUGCAGGAAUGACAAGUCAUUUCUGAUAGACUACUAUCGACAAUCAGAUCAAACAGAUGAACUUGCAUUUCAAUUAUGGGCACAAGGCAAAAACAAUAAUACGCCAAGUGAAUUUUUGCCCCAGGUGAGAGAUCUCUAUGGCCGAAUCGUCCAAGAUCCUCUGAUCAAACUUGAUCGAGACGUUCUAGAGCGUCAGAUUCAGUUAAUCGAUUUUCAAAAACAGUUAGAGCAACUUCACAACGUCAGCAUCGUCGAUACAAGCUUGGACGAUACCAUUAAGACAUUGAUAAGACAUCGACUGGAUCGACCACUUGCCACUGUGCUGAAGAAAUUCAAGGUACCCGAUCAAAAGUACUAUCAUAUUAAGUGCGGUGUUCUGGCUAAGGAGCAGAGGUUUGAGGAUCUCUAUAAAUUUUCACAGGAGCGAAAGUCACCCAUAGGAUAUCUGCCUUUCUAUAAAUGCUGCCUGCAGCAAAGAAAGAAAAAAGAGGCCGUGGUUUACGUUCGCAUGGUAACAGGGAUACCCUACGAAAAAAGGCUAGAAAUGUAUUUGAAUUGUUCAGCUUUUCAGGAUGCAAUUCAAUUGGCUUCAAAGGAGAAAGAUGUUUCGAGCUUGAAAGACAUUUAUAGGCUAGUGCCAGCAAAUGAACCUCAGCUCAGAGCUUUCAUAACAGAUACCAUGAAUAAACUCUAG